CCAACCGUUCCUCCCUCUUGGGCACUGCUGCCAUGAAUACCUUCCUGCUCUCUGCACUGUGCCUCCUUGGGACCUGGGCUGUCCUGGCAGGGGGAGUCACCGUGCAGGAUGGAAAGUUCUCUUUUCCCCUGGAGUCGGUGAAGAAGCUCAAGGACCUCCGGGAGCUCCAGGAGCCCAGCACCUGGAAGAGCAGGAAGAGUGGUGGGCCCGUGGUUCCCCAAGUCUGCAGCCACCUGAAGUUUCCGGAAGAACUCAAGCCUCUCUGCAAGGAGACCAAUGCCCAGGAGAUCCUCCAUAGGCUGGAGGCCAUCGCCGAGGACCCGGGAUCGUGCGAGAUCUGUGCCUUCGCGGCCUGUGCCGGAUGCUAGGACACAGGCCUCCUGGCCCUCCCCCGCGGGAUGCUCGGCCGGGCCUCCAGGGGAGGAGUGAGGAGGGGGUGGCCUGGGGCGGCCUAGCCCCUGACCCAUCCGAGUUGCCGGCGCUUCCCAAGAUCCACUGCAGCCCUCAGCUAAUAAACCAGUUGCCAGAGUCCUUCUGA